AUGGUACAUCCACAGCCCCAGCCAUUGUUCUUUGCACAUCCGCCUGCGCUGCUGCCUGCCAGGCACGGCGGACUUCUGCCCAAUCAGCCAGGCCCAGUGACUCACGCGCAACAUGGUUUCAAUCACUACCCAAUCCCCACGAUGCCUAUGUUCGCUCAGCCAACCUAUCAGCCGUUCCAGCGAAUGAUGCCACCCUCCUUUCCACCAGAUAGCUGGAUUCCCAUGCCCAACUUCGGACUGCCACCUGCCCAGAAAAGUAUGCGCAACCCAUUCUGGCGUUGA